AUGGAGAAAUCUCUUCCUUUACAUCUCUGCCAUGUCUCGAAACUCACCCUCUUCAUCAACAGAACUCAUACUCUCCUACAUUCAAUAGCCAUUUCCUUCCUUCUUUACUAUAGAGCCUCAUUUUUCUUCCAAAACGCCAUAUCUGCUACACCCAAGUUAUUGAUCCUAUUGCCAUGGCUCUUCAUAUCCUCUUCCGAGCUCGUCCUCUCCUUCAUCUGGCUCCUCGGCCAAGCUUAUCGGUGGCGUGUCGUGACUCGCUCCGUCUUCCCCGAAAGAUUGCCCGGCGACGAAAAACUUCCAUCCCUCGACGUCUUCAUUUUCACCGUGGAUCCAGAAACGGAGCCAACUUUGGCUGUGAUGAACACGGUGUUGUCGGUCAUGGCGAUGGACUAUCCGACGGAGAAGCCUCACGUCUAUUUGUCGGACGAUGGCUGUUCUUCUUUGACUUUAAAUGGUUUGAGAGAGACUUGGGCUUUUGCAAAGUUUUGGAUUCCGUUUUGCAGAAGUUAUAAGAUUGCUAGUGGAUGUCCAGAGGCUUAUUUCUCUGGUGUUGAAGAUCAUGUGGAUUCUGAUCUAAUUGGUAGUGAUGAAUUUAAGACGCAGAGAGAAAAGAUCAAGGAAAAAUAUGGGAUGUUUAAGUAUAAAAUUAAGGAAUAUGCAAGAGUUGGAGAGAAGAAGACUAGCAACCAUACUAGAGAUCACCCUGCUAUCGUCGAGGUAAUGAUGCAAGAUUCCUCGAGUGAUGCAGUAAAUGACAAAAUACCUCUCCUUGUUUAUGUUUCUCGAGAAAAAAGGCCUUCUCAUCCUAACCAGUAUAAGGCUGGAGCCCUUAAUGUUCUACUAAGAGUCUCAGGUGUGCUGAGUAACUCUCCUUACUUUCUAGUGCUGGACUGCGACAUGUAUUGUAAUGACCCGACUGCAGCUCGGAAAGCAAUGUGUUUCCAUCUUGAUCCCGAGAUAUCUCACUCUCUCGCCUUUGUUCAAUUCCCUCAAAGAUUUCGCAACAUCAGUAAACACGACAUCUAUGACAGUCGUAUAAGAUCAGCAUUUUCAGUGCAAUGGCAAGGAAUGGAUGGACAAAGAGGACCAUGUUUAUCCGGUACUGGCUAUUUUAUGAAAAGACUUUCACUAUGUGGAAAUCGCCUUAGUAAUGAAGAUGCAGAUCCCAUGAAGCUUAGGCAAGCUUAUGGUCCAUCCAACGAGCUGGUCGCAUCACUUUGCAGCGAAAACGACAAGCCUCAUGUUAUGAAGAAUGGUGGCGACACAACAUCAAUACUUGAAGAGAUGAAACUAUUAGCUUCUUGUACUUAUGAAAUUGGCACUAAAUGGGGUGAAGAGGUGGGAUAUCUAUAUGGUUCAGUGGCAGAAAAUUACUUCACAGGAUUUACAUUACACAGCAAAGGUUGGAUUUCAGUCUAUUGCGAUCCGCCGAGGCCGCAAUUCCUGGGCUGUGCAACCACCACCUUGAAUGACUGUCUAACUCAGAGCACAAGGUGGUGCUCUGGUUUCUUUGAUGUUGGUAUUUCAAAGUAUUGCCGUUUUAUAUACCGUCCCUGGCGCGUGUCCAUUCUUCAUAAAAUGUGUUACGCCGAACUCGCUUUACCGCUUUCUUUCUUUCCCUUGUGGGGCUUUGCCACCAUUCCUCAGCUCUGCCUCAUAAAUGGCAUUCCCAUAUACCCUAAGGUUUUGAGCACAUUUUUCGUCGUGGUUUCUUUUCUUUUCCUGUCGGCCAUAUCUAAGCAUUUAUACGAGGUACUCGCGACAGGAGGGUCACUCAAGGCAUGGAUAUAUGAGCAAAGGAUGUGGAUGAUAAGAUCAAUCACUUCUAACUUCUAGGAUGCACUUCUGAAGAGGAUUGGUUUGAGAGAAGCCCGUUUCAUGACGACGAAUAAAGUCGAAGAUGAUAAGAAAGAAUAUCUAUAUCAACAGGGCAUAUUUGAUUUCCGAACAUCCACGAUGUUCCUCGGUCCAAUGGUUUCCGUAAUCAUCUUGAACGCGGUUUCCUUUCUUGUGGGAAUUGCUAGGGCCAUCUUCAUCGGAGAUUUAAACAAGAUGUUUGUUCAAGUUUUUAUCUCAUUCUAUAUCUUGGUUAUAAAUUACCCAGUUAUUGAGGGGAUGAUAAUAAGGAAAGACAACGGUAGGAUUCCAUCCUCAGCCACUGCAUUAUCUGUCGCAUUUUGUGCGGUUUUCUUGUCAUUCAUAUCCAUCAUUUUCUUUUUCACUUCUUAGAAAGAUCAUUUCUUUUGUACUAAAGCAACAUAUGUAUGCUUUGCAUUUUCCAGUUAUCAGUAUGAGCAAGUAUUAAUUAAAGA